AUGUCGUUAUCGAGCGGAGUUAACAUAGCAAAUGAGGGGGAGGGAUUCUUUACAACCCCCGGUCGAACUGCCAGCGGAAAGCUCCAGCGUACCAUCAGUCCUUCCUUCAGCGACCUUUGGUCGCAGCCCCGUCUGUUUUUCAACUCUCUAGUGCCUACCGAGCAACAGUUCCUAAUCAAUGCCAUCCGCUUCGAAACCGCCAAUGUCAAGAGCACCGUCGUGAGGAACAACAUCGUCAUCCAAUUGAACCGUAUCAGCAAUGAUGUCGCCAAGCGGGUUGCUCGUGCUCUUAAUGUCGAGGAACCGCAACCGGAUCCCACCUACUAUCACGAUAACAAGACCACUGAUGUUGGCGUCUUUGGGACGAAGCUGAAGAGACUCGAUGGCCUCAAGAUUGGCGUGCUUGCAUCAGUAGCUGAGAGGUCCUCGAUUGACGAAGCGAAUGCUCUCCGGUCGAGCUUUGCAUCCGAUGACGUGGACGUUAUCGUAGUGGCCGAGCGUUUUGAGGCCGGAGUCGAUCAGACCUAUUCUGCGUCGGACGCCAUCAACUUUGACGCCAUAAUCGUUGCAGACGGAGCUGAUGAUAGAGAUGGGUGGUGGGAAAAGAGAGAAGAUGGAAGAAUGGGAAGUGGUAAUUGGAAAGUACCACAGGAGAGCGGAGGGCCCCGUCCAACCGUCUCAACCUAG